GAAAUAGUUAGACAAGAAAUCAAUGAAAAUUUUAUAGAUGAGAUUUCUACAAGAAAAAAAGGAAGAAAAAUCUACAAAGUGGUGAGGGGUUCCAAAGAGAACCUUAUCCUCAUCAUUCCUCUUCGUAUAAAUAGCAAACUCCAUCCAUCUCAUGCUCACCAGAGGAAGCAAAACCACCUCCAAAGAUGCAGGCAGCAGCUCCUCAAACCCAGAGCUGUCGCCGUCACCUCAUCGGAAACCUCCACCAUCGACUACAGCUCCUCCAUCUCCGUGUUUCCCAUGGAGGCGUGUGAGAUACUCGGUGGCGAGGCAUGCAACGCCAGGAUGUUCCCGGAAGCGAAGCUCGCGGCAGCGGCCGGCAGCGGUGGCAGACCGGCCUCCGAGGAGAUCGACAGAGACUACCUCGAGUACAACGAUCCCAAAACUGUGUUCCCUGGCGAGGCCUGCGACGAUCUCGGCGGCGAGUUCUGCCAAGCCGAGUACCAGAAUGGCGUCUUCUGACACGGCAUUACGCAUGCCUGGAGUUGGCUUCCUGUAGACGAUGAAUGAUAGAAACUUGCAGUCGGUCAUAAGACAGCAGCGUAUAGUGCACUGUGUAUAUCUGUGUUCUAAGGAUAUAAGGAAUGAAAGCUAAACUUUGUUA